GGUCGCGGUCUCCGCCUUCCCCGGAACUUCUUCCUCCCUCCGUCCCGCCUCCGCCCCAUGUCCUGUCCCCGCCUUCCGGGACCCGGCGAGUGUUGUGGCUGCUGGGCCGCUGUCGCCGGGCUGUUGCUGAGCGCGGAGCCCGUUGGGGCCCGUGAGGUGGCUCUCAUGCUGAGGCCGAUGUGAUCAAUGUUGUUCCUCCAUCGAGCAGCCCGUUUGUACACAGCGCUGUGACCAUGUGGAGUAACGACUCUGGGGGAGAUGGAGCUGGCCUCUUGCUCUAGUGCUCUGAGUGAGAGCACAUCUCCUGGGUGCUGACGGACGUGAUGUUUCACUGGUUGCUGUCGGUGGUCCGAAGACAAAGAACUGGCCGAGGAUGGCAGAAGUGGUCCUCAGCAACAAGUUGUGUGUCAGCUGCCAAGGCGCAUUCUCUGGCCCUGCCUGCCCAGGCACGAGUGGUCAUCUGUGGUGGCGGCAUCAUGGGCACAUCUGUGGCCUAUCACCUGUCCAAGAUGGGCUGGAAGGACAUUGUCCUUCUGGAGCAGGGCAGGCUGGCUGCUGGCUCCACGAGGUUCUGUGCUGGCAUCCUGAGCACUGCCAGGCACUUGAGCAUCGAGCAGAAGAUGGCAGACUAUUCAAACAAACUCUACCAUCAGUUAGAGCAAGAAACAGGGAUCCAAACAGGUUACAUAAGGACAGGCUCAGUCUUUCUGGCCCAAACUCAGGACCGGCUGAUCUCCCUGAAGCGCAUCAACUCAAGGCUGAAUGUUAUAGGCAUCCCUUCUGAGAUCAUCUCCCCCAAGAAAGUGGCCGAACUACACCCUCUCCUCAAUGUGCACGACCUGGUGGGGGCCAUGCACGUGCCUGAGGAUGCAGUGGUGUCCUCCGCUGACGUGGCUCUUGCCCUGGCAAGUGCUGCCUCCCAGAAUGGUGUUCAGAUCUAUGACCGGACAAGCAUUCUCCAUGUAAUGGUCAAAAAAAGUCAAGUUACUGGCGUGGAGACAGAUAAAGGACAGAUCGAAUGCCAGUAUUUUGUCAACUGUGCUGGUCAGUGGGCAUACGAGCUUGGUCUGUCCAACGAGGAGCCGGUUAGUAUCCCGUUACAUGCCUGCGAACACUUCUACCUUCUGACUCGCCCCUUGGAGACCCGUCUGCAGAGCAGCACACCAACUGUUGUGGAUGCUGAUGGAAGAAUUUAUAUUCGCAACUGGCAGGGUGGCAUCUUAUCUGGGGGCUUUGAGAAGAACCCGAAGCCAAUUUUCACUGAGGGCAAAAACCAGCUGGAGAUACAGAAUCUACAGGAAGACUGGGAUCACUUUGAGCCCCUGCUGAGCUCCCUCCUGCGCAGGAUGCCAGACCUGGAGCCGCUGGAGAUCCUGAAGUUGGUGAACUGCCCCGAGACCUUCACGCCGGACAUGAGGUGCAUCAUGGGCGAGGCUCCCUCGGUGCAGGGCUACUUCAUCCUGGCGGGAAUGAACUCUGCAGGCCUUUCGUUUGGUGGGGGAGCUGGCAGGUACCUGGCUGAAUGGAUGGUGCACGGGUAUCCCUCAGAAAACGUCUGGGAAUUAGACCUGAAGCGUUUUGGAGCUCUCCAGAGCAGCCGUACCUUUCUGCGCCACCGGGUCAUGGAAGUCAUGCCUCUGCUGUACGAUCUGAAGGUUCCUCGUUGGGACUUCCAGACCGGGAGGCAGUUACGCACGUCUCCUCUCUAUGACCGGCUGGAUGCCCAAGGAGCCAGGUGGAUGGAGAAACAUGGAUUUGAGAGGCCAAAGUACUUUGUGCCACCAGACAAGGACCUCCUGGCACUUGAGCAGAGCAAGACUUUCUAUAAGCCAGACUGGUUUGACAUUGUGGAGUCUGAAGUCAAGUGCUGUAAGGAAGCGGUGUGUGUCAUCGACAUGUCCUCUUUCACAAAGUUUGAAAUAACAUCCACCGGGGACCAGGCAUUAGAGAUCCUGCAGUACCUCUUUUCCAACGACCUUGAUGUGCCUGUGGGCCACAUCGUACAUACGGGCAUGCUCAACGAGGGUGGAGGGUAUGAGAACGAUUGCAGCAUAGCGCGCCUGAGCAAGCGCAGUUUCUUCAUGAUUUCUCCAACUGACCAGCAGGUCCACUGUUGGGCCUGGCUCAAGAAGCACAUGCCCAGAGACAGCAACCUGCUUCUGGAGGACGUCACCUGGAAAUACACUGCCCUCAAUCUGAUCGGUCCUCGAGCUGUGGACGUGCUGUCUGAGUUGUCCUAUGCCCCUAUGACUCCAGACCACUUCCCAAGUCUGUUUUGCAAGGAGAUGAGCGUGGGCUACGCAAAUGGGAUCCGCGUAAUGAGCAUGACUCACACGGGAGAGCCAGGAUUCAUGCUUUACAUCCCCAUAGAGUAUGCCUUGCAUGUAUACAAUGAAGUGAUGAGCGUGGGGCAGAAAUAUGGAAUCCGGAAUGCUGGAUAUUAUGCUCUUCGUAGUCUCCGAAUUGAGAAGUUUUUUGCCUUCUGGGGUCAAGAUUUAAAUACCCUUACCACACCUCUGGAAUGUGGACGAGACUCUCGGGUGAAAUUAGAAAAGGGGAUGGACUUCCUUGGCCGAGAUGCCCUGCUGCAGCAGAAGCAGAAUGGGGUGUACAAACGCUUCACCAUGUUCAUCCUGGACAACCACGACACAGACCUGGACCUCUGGCCUUGGUGGGGAGAGCCCAUUUACCGGAAUGGGCAGUAUGUGGGCAAGACCACCAGCAGCGCCUACAGCUACACCCUGGAGCGCCACGUCUGCCUGGGCUUCGUGCACAAUUUUUCCGAGGACACUGGAGAAGAGCAGGUGGUGACAGCAGAGUUCAUCAACCGGGGAGAGUAUGAGAUUGACAUUGCGGGACACCGGUUCCAGGCCAAGGCCAAGCUCUACCCUGUCGCCUCCCUCUUCACCCAUAAGCGCCGAAAGGAUAAUGUGGAGCUAAGUGACCUGCACGGGAAGUAAUGCCAGACAUCUCACCUCCCCACCUCCACAUUCUGGGAGCUUCUCACCUCCCUGAUCCCACCCCUCUUCUUGAUUUAAACCUUUGCCUCCCAUCUCUUACCUCCUUGAUAUAAUUUUAAACUUGACCUACUUUUAAGCUUUUCACUUUGCAACCUCUCUUGUCCUUCCACCUUCCCCUCCUCUUGCAGGUUCCCGUCCCAAUACUCACUGUGGACCGUGCUUCUGUCUUUCCACUCCUCUAAGUCCCGUCGUGACAGGAAGCAUCUGCUAGCACAGGAGCAGACUCCACCUGUGGAAGCAGAUUAUGGGGACAGUCUGCUUUCAGAUGCCGUGUCUCGAAGCAAAAGCAGCUGGUGGUGUGCAGGCCUCAGGAGUCCCAAGUCUGCGGAGCUCAGUUUCCUCAGAGGAACCUGUUCACUUUGGUGGCUUGCUGUAAGUUUAAUACAGUCCCAGGGAAUAGCUUGUGCCUUGCAGCCAGGCAGCUCAUGCUCCUGUUCCACUGUGCGGUGGGUCUGGCACCCUGAUACCUCUAGCAAGAGGAUGACCAUCUACCUCACUGAUGAGAGGCAUCGUGUGGACAUUACCUGGUCUGUAGCAGAGAGGAAGUUAGCUGGGUUGGUAGGGAGGCCACCUGCCUAUAAUUUUCCUCAACAUCUCCUAAUCUGUGCAGUGAAGGGUUUUGUUUGGCUGAGUAAAAGGCCAGUGUUGUGCUGCCUUUCCAAGCUGAAAGGUCUGCCUCAGAAAGUCCAUCACCAUUGGUGCUGAGUUUUCUACUGUUAACACAGUGUUUUUUCUGCCAGCUGCUCAGUCACCCUGUCUUGACUUUCCUCUUCAGCCUCACCUGUCCCUUCCCCAGCAGGCUCACUAGGUCAGCAAACAUCCCUCUCUCUUUAGAACAGGGAGGGAAUGUAGGGCCUACCACCCUGGUUGAGUAACUAACCCUUGCUGGCCAUGCUGAGUCUGAGAGCCACUGGAAUCCUAGAUUUGCCUCCUCCAGUGUAGGACAGACAGACACACAGAGGUGACCAUGUGUCCACUGAUGUUUUGGGUACAUGCACCUAGGGAACUGCUGUCCACUUCUCCUUCCAAGCUCUUUCUUCCCAUCCAGCCAUCUCUCCAUGUCCCUGGAAUAGAUGACCUAGGGUUCCCCAAGAGGGUCCUGUUCGUUUUUAAGCAGUGUCUAUUUUCUAAGGGGGAAAACUUAGAUAUCACAGACUGUGCAAUCCAUGCCAAUACUGAGUUUUCCUUUGCAGAUAAACUGCUCUAAUCUGAGUCUUUAAAUGCAAAAAAACCUGCUGUUAGAUUUUAAUUAAACUAUAGCUUCUGUAGUCUUAGUUAUCUUAGAAGCAUUAGCUCUGGUAAGUCUCUAAAUAUAUUAAAGAUCUUUUCAUUUUAUUACAGCAGCUCAAAACUUUCAGAUGACCACUUCAUAAUCAGACUGACUCUUUCUGGACAUUUCUUGCCAUUUCCCCAGUGAGACCACUCUUCCUUGGUUACGGACUGUAUCCACUGUUAGGAGGCCUUAGUUGGUUUAUGAAGGGAGUAUGUGAUGAGAGCUGCUGUGUGAUGAGGGGGAGCUGCCCAGCUUGAGAGCAGCUCUGAAGGACUUGGGAGAGCAGGCACAGGUGUUGUGAGCAGGAGCCACAGCCCCAAGAGGGAAACAGGUGAUGUAGAGCCAAAGGCAUCCAGACUCUGCACCAAUCAGUCAUCUCAGAAAAACAAACUUGGGAUUGAAUCCAAAAGAAAUGUUAGAUUCAUGCAAAUUAUACCUUGUCCAUAAGUAAGGGCCAUACUCUGACAAGAUGUUAAUCUUCUGGGGCAUCAGGCGCCCUGACACACACAUAUCUUUUGGCACUUACAUUCAGCCUUGAGGUCUCCUUUGGCUCAAAUAUAAAUAUCGGAGUGUGAAUCUGGUAGUUUUCUCUGCUUAGGGGAUGACUCUUUCCUGCCUCAGGCUUAACUGACAAUCCAAACAUCUUCACUUGGGGCUGUUUCCAUCUCUCGGGCAGAGGGGCCUCAUGUCUGCUUGGUGUGACAACUCCCCUGCCCUAGAGCGCUGAGGGAGUCUGGACUCCUGUGAAUGGGGGGCUGGACUUGCCUUGCAGGCGGUUGGUCCUCUUCUGUACAUGGAAUGAUCUGUCGUCACCUCUCUGCUGUCUUGGGGAAGGGCUCUGCACUCUCAGACUUGUCAGCAUGUUCAAUUGGGAGCAUCUUUUUGAACCUAGAAACACAAAGUUUGCAGGCCUCACACAGCCUAAGACCCAGGGUUCCAGGUCUCCUGUGGGCUUUCUCCUCCUAGAAGUAAAUUCUAUGCCCCUAGUGCCACGUGUAAGUCCUUGGCACUGCUUUGGCCAUUUGACUUAAAUGGAAGCUUUGAUCAGAAAGAUUUCCUGUUCAUGAUAAUGCCACUGAAAUCAGAAAAAAAAGCUCUAACUCAGAAAGUUUUAAGAGCUAAAAGGGACAAGCACUACCUGCUUGGAUCGCCUCCUCCCUGAUGUCCUUCAACUUAGGUUGCAGUCACAGUGCCAUGUGCUAAUCAGGCCAGGGACCUGGUGAUUAAGCCCAGUUUCACUUUGGCCCCAAAGAUCACAUUUCUGCAGGAGUAGCACCCUGUCACUUUGAUUCCACCAGGAGGUACACUGUUUCUGGAUUCUAUCUUAUUACAUAGACCAAGAAUUUUACCUACUUCCCUUCUUUUCUGGGUUUUGUUUCCAAGAAAGUAAAACGUGAAAAAUAACUCUCACUUCUUCCAUUACCCUGCUUUGCAUGCAGUUGAAAUGUUAACCCUCCCCACGGCUACCACAUACAUGUAGGGAUGGACACAGCUUUCUAAAACUGGGUUUGCUUCACUGCGGAGAUGACCAGCCACUGGGAUUUCUGGCUCUGCUUGUCCUUUGGCUUAUGGACAUAUUUGCUGGCAUCAGCUAAGUCUUCACCAUCCUUUGAGGACCUGAGGCAGAUAGGAGGGACUCAUCUAUGACCUGGUCUUGGUUCCAACCCUAGAAGGCUGUGUCCUGAGAGAAGGACUGUCCUGGUUCAUUUUUAGUCUCCUCGUAGCUUCCUGGCGUGAAGUCAGCAAGGGUCCCUCCACUUCAGUAUCUAAGAUGAAGGUUUGGUCAGUAGUGCUCAGUACUGAAGAGUAACCGUCUGCUGUUUCAUUUUCUUUUUGCACACCCAUCCUCUCCCUACUACCUUCACGAACACUGACAUAAGUAGUAGCAUUUUUAUCAAGAGGAUAUAGGGGAAAUUUUCCCAAAAGUAAAGGAUUUUCAUUCUGCACAUCAUUUUCAGGCACAUGGCUACAGAAGCACAGUAGAUGAAAGACUUAAGACAUUUUGGGCAUUAACCAGGUCCUAUGGUCUGUUAGCCAGGAAUGAGCUGUGGGGUUCCUGGCAGUGUCUCCCCCAACACCACUUUUGGCCUCCACUUUAAGGUGCUGAGUUGAAAGGCUCUUUUGUUGUCAGUACAGGGCUCACACCUGCAGUCUCUCAUCAUUACAAAUGCACUAUUUUUCAAGAGGACUGAGUAUUUUUGUAUGUCUUUGCCUUCCCUUUGUCCAUUAAACAUCAGAUUUGUUCCUUA